UGACAACUAAAACGUGAACUGGUGUUACGUCUCAGCUGAUUGAAAAAUCAAACUUACGGCUUUUUAAACGUAUUUCUGAAGAUGGGACGCUAACGUAAGUACUGGUUUGGUCCCAUGGCUGAAGGACGCGGCUGUGUUGAAUCAGUAGCGGCGGCUGACAGCAGCGAGGCUCCUAAUAUAAUACACAGACACCAAAAUAGGAGCGCGACAUUCUCUCCAGAGGCUGACGCUAAAUACAGGGGCCACAUGUCUGAUCUGUCCGAGGACAAGCCGCACUGUUGGGGAUAAACCUUCUCCAGCGAAGAAAGGACGAGCUUUGUCAAUCAUUCGGGUCAGUUGCAAUGUCAGGAAAAGGUCAAAGCGGUUACUCCUACGAGUUCUGCGAUGCCUCUCACUCCUCCGAGGUGCUGGAAGCUCUUCAUGAGUUUCACAGCAGCGGUCUGUUCACAGACGUCACCCUGCAGUCUUCAUCCGGACUGCUCUUCCACUGCCACAAGGCUGUCCUAUCAGCCCGCAGCUCCUAUUUCAGGGUAAUGUUCACCUUAGACAUGAGAGAACGUUUGAACAACACCAUCAGCCUACCUUGCAUAAACGGAGAGAUUCUGGGUGCUUUGGUGAGCUACAUCUACACUUCAAAGAUCAGCAUAACCCAGAACAACGUCCAAAGUCUUCUGGAAGCCGCAGACCUGUUGCAGUUCAACUCGCUCAAAAAAGCCUGCGAGAGCUUCUUGAUUCGUCUGCUGGACGUCGAUAACUGCCUCGGGAUGCACUCGUUCGCCGAGCUUCACGUGUGCUCUGAUUUGCAGCAUGAGGCUUUGAGGAUCAUACUGAGUCGCUUUGAAGAACUCACACUUCAGGAGGAGUUCCUACAGGUGGAUUUCCAAAAGCUCAUGGGAAUUUUAGAAACAGAGAACCUUAAUGUGUGGAAAGAAGUGACUUUAUUGGAUGCGGUGGUCAAAUGGGUCGCCCAUGACACGGCUCCUCGAAUAGACCACCUUCAAGAGCUUCUCAAAUGCAUCCACUUGGAAGUGGAUGACGCUUGCCUCAAAACUGCUUUGGAUCUACGCAAAUGUUGCUCUGAAAGCAAACUGCGAUCUCUGAUUCGUACCUCCUUAAAGCCGAGCAAAGGUUUCUCACAGUGCCGCAAAAAGCUAACGUGCAACUUGUAUGUUAUUGGUGGAUAUUACUGGCAUCCGUUGUGUGAAGUCCACAUGUGGGACCCUGUUUCCAACACAUGGGUUCAGGGCAAAGACAUGCCUGAUUUUGAAAGAGAGAGUUAUAGCGUGGCACUUCAAGGCCCUGAUAUCUAUGUGACUGGAGGAUACAGGACACAGACUGUGGAUGCUUUAGACACCGUGUGGAUUUAUAACACUGACUCGGAUGAAUGGACAGAAGGAUGUCCCAUGAUCACAGCCAGAUACUACCACUGCUCCGUGGCUUUACGUGGAUGCAUAUACGCCAUUGGUGGAUAUACGGCAGGAGCUCCUACUCAAGAAACUGAAUUCUAUGAUCCUUUGAAGAGGAGAUGGUUUCCUGUGGCUGAUAUGAUACAGGGCGUGGGAAAUGCAACCGCUUGUGUGGUGAAUGACAGAGUCUAUGUAACCGGAGGGCAUUAUGGGUACAGAGGAACCUGCACUUACGAGAAGAUUCAGACUUACUGUCCAGAUAUCAAUGAGUGGAGCAUCACAACGAUAUGUCCACAUCCUGAGUACGGCCUCUGCUCGGUCUCCUUGAACAAUAAGCUUUAUCUGGUCGGUGGUCAGACCACCAUCACAGACUGUUACGAUCCCGAGAGAGAUGAAUGGAGACAGAUGUGUGCGAUGAAGGAGAGAAGGAUGGAGUGCGGCUCGGCUGUUAUAAACGGGUGCAUCUAUGUAGCAGGUGGGUAUUCAUACUCUAAAGGGACAUAUCUGCAGAGUAUAGAGAGGUACGACCCUGAGAUAGACUGCUGGGAGAUAGUGGGAAACCUCCCAUCAGCUGCACGCUCACACGGCUGCGUUUGUGUGUUCAGUGUGUGAAAUCACAGCACAAUCACUGUCUGUGGAGCCGCGUCCAGUGGGGUCUAAAUGUCUGAGACAAAUUUUAUUUAAACAUAGAAAUAAAUUGUUAGAGCAAAUGUUGUAAAGUGAAUAGGCAAUACUUUAGGAACUAAUUCAGGGUUCCUGUGAAUCUUCUAUUUCAAAAUUCCAUACUUUUCCGGUAUGGAUUUCAGUGGAUGUUUUCACAUUUUUCCAGCCUAUUUUUAACACCUGAUAAAUGUGUUUAAAAUCCAGCUGUUGACUAUAUUUGCUAUUAUGUUGCCAAAUAACUGCAGUAAUAUUGUAGCCAUGUAUUGAAGCUCAUACGAAUCAAUAAACACCAAACCCAGACAGCUUCACAGCAUUUCAUUAAAACCGAAAUGCUAAAAUACAGGAUUACGUUUGACAUGCUUUCACUGACUGCAAACAUUGUUUUGCGUGUUUUAAAUUCAUAUUCUAAAUUAAAAAAAUUCUAAAUAGUAAUUUGUCACUAAAUAGUCACUGAUUACAUUAUUAAAUGUAAAAAUAACAUUGCCACUGAUUACAUGAGAAAUGUAUGAUGUCAAUAUAUUAUAUUUGUUCAACAUGUGAAGUCACUGAUAAUGUGUGAGACACAGUUUGUCUGUUAUCUCUGCUGGAAGAUAAAGGGCUGUUUCUAAAUAUAUACCGAACAGCACAAUAGAUUACAGCACUUCACUUUUUGCACAGUACCUUUUUGAAGACUAAUAUUUUGCAGUGUUUUAAAUCAAGAAAUGAUUUAUUCUUUAGUAUUAUUAAUAUUUAUUUGGAUUGAUUUUGUAUUUGUAAUAUGAUUGUGAACCCAGGAUUUUAUAAAUAUAAAUAUGUGUGAUGUAUAUUGUGUAAUUUAUAGUUUUUAGUUAUUGUGAUGUUUUAUCAACUGUGUAUGCUGCCAAAAAUGUGAAAAGCAUAAAUUUAAAUAAAGUUCCAACAAGCAUGUUUGUAAAUCCUA